AUGUGGUUAAUAAGUAACCAUGGCAACCUUUGCUCCCCUUGGGAUUUCUGAAGCAAGUGGCAAACAGAGAUUGUUCUUUUUCGCGGAAGGCUUUCCAAUCGGAAGAAAUAAAUGGGAGAUGAUUUUGACACAAAGGAAAAAGUGAGCUUCAAACUAUAGGAGGACUGUGGGAUAAGAGAGUGAAGUCUCAGGAUAGGCUGUGUGUCUGGUCACAUGGAGAUGGCCAUGGUCCAGACACAGUCUUCAGGAGAUAUUCUGGCAGAUCAAGGAAGUCCUCUUCUGCAUGACCCUGACAUCUCACACUUCACAAACUAUCCCAGCAUGCAGUAUCCUUCCAUGGAGCCAAACAUGUCCUCCACUCCGUACUACUCCACUCAGAACUAUUACCCUCAGUACAGUGGAGAUGAAUGGUACUUACACACAGGCAUAUACGAACUGAGGAAAGGACCUCUGGAAGGCAGCUACGAGGCAGACAUGGAGGAGGGGUCUUCUGCUGUGCCAGCUGUGUGCAAAAGGGCUCGACAUAUGUCGCAAGCUGGAAGAGUCAAAGGGGAGGAGUUGUGUGUUGUGUGUGGAGAUAAGGCUUCAGGAUACCACUAUAAUGCUCUCACCUGUGAAGGAUGUAAAGGUUUCUUUAGAAGAAGCAUCACAAAAAAUGCUGUGUACAAAUGCAAGAGUGGUGGAAACUGUGAGAUGGACAUGUACAUGCGCAGGAAAUGCCAGGAGUGUCGGCUGAGAAAGUGCAAGGAGAUGGGAAUGCUGGCAGAGUGCCUGCUGACAGAGAUCCAGUGUAAAUCCAAAAGGCUGCGCAAGAACACCAAGACCUCCCCAGGGCGGUCGACAGGAAAUGAGACAGAGGGGGCAGACAGCGCAGACAACAAACAGGUCACCUCAACAACCAAACUGUCAAAGGAAAAGGUCGAAAUCACAGAAGAGCAGCAGACACUCAUGAGGCUAAUUGUAGAAGCUUACAACAGACAUCAACUUCCUCAAGAUGUAGCCAAAAAACUGCUACAAGACCAGUAUAGCAAAGAAGAAAAUUUUCUCCUUCUGACAGAAAUUGCAACAAGUCAAGUUCAAGUAUUGGUUGAGUUUACAAAAAAUAUUCCAGGCUUUUUGUCUCUGGACCAUGAAGAUCAGAUCGCUCUGCUGAAGGGUUCGGCUGUUGAGGCCAUGUUUCUGCGUUCAGCCCAGGUUUUCAGCAGAAAGAUGCCAAGUGGACACACAGAAGUUUUAGAAGAGAGGAUACGUAAGAGUGGUAUAUCAGAAGAAUUUAUCAAACCCUUGUUCAACUUUUACAAAAGUGUCGGUGAGCUCCACAUGGUGCAGGAGGAACAGGCUCUCCUCACAGCCAUAACCAUCCUGACACCCGAUCGACCUUAUGUGAAGGACCAGCAGGCUGUUGAGAGACUGCAGGAGCCCAUGGUGGAUGUGCUGAGGAAGCUGUGCACCCUGCAGCAUCCACAGGAGCCGCAAUACUUUGCCCGCCUCCUGGGCCGUCUAACAGAGCUGAGAACACUCAACCACUACCAUGCAGAGAUGCUCACAUCCUGGAGAGUGAACGACCACAAAUUCACCCCACUGCUUUGUGAGAUCUGGGACGUGCAGUGACACAGAAGGAGGAGCAAGAAAAGUUGGGUGGUGAGAUGAACAGCUUGCAAGACAACAAUAUGAACCAACAGCAGUGUGUGUUUAUACUGGAAGAUAUGAUUUAAUGAUAAUUAAAUCCUUCCACAACCUGUUUACUUCUGUAGUGCUUGACUAAUGUCUUAAAGGGACAUUGUGUAAAAAUGACUGCCAUCUAACGUUGGAAUCGUGUAACGCAUUCUAACAUUUAAUGUAUUCUAACGCCUCACUUUCUCAAACACAUACUGCAACAAAGGCACCUGCUUUGUCUCAAAAAGCACCAAUGAAAAGCAUGUCAUCUGAUAGUUCAUGGAGAGGUUUGUGAUUUCACAAAAAUUGCUAAUUGCAUCCCAUCAAACUGUCAGAUGUCAUUCCUCUGUGUUUAAAAGGAAGAAUGAUUCUCACAAAGGGAACAGAUCUUGACGGGGAAUCUGGCCUCGACACAGCAGCAUAAUACACCAAUGAUAACACAUCAUGCAGACAAUGAUUUUGGCCAGUAAACAACAGAUGUUACACAAUGUCCCUUUAAGGCUUAAAGGCUUAAGUAUUACUUGUGUAUGUACAGUAUGUGUGAGCUAUUUUCAUGGAUCAUACAAGCUACAUUACUAAUUACAGAGGGGGUUUUGUCUUUGUUCAAAAGUUAGGAUUUAUAGGUUUUUGUCUUUAUUGUAUUAUUAUCAUAUGAAACUAAUUAAUUAGUAAAGCAAGUACAAACACUGGAACUGGGUUAAAGACAAGAAGGUGACAGCAAGAAGUGUAAGAUUUAGAUCUGUGAGCAUUUGAUGAUGGUUUCAUUAAAAUAUUUGUGUAUAAUUUGGA